AUGGAGGAGGCCGAGGAACAAGCUGUGAAGAAGGAGGAGCUGCUACGUCGCCUCGAAGCCGAGAUCCUUGCAGAUGUGCAGGAGGAGCCGCAAGCAGAGCCACCAGAUCCACCAGCCGAACCAGCGGCCGCUCCCAGCGAUGCAGACGACACCGCCUCCGUGGUCAGUGGCACAACUGUCAGCUCAAGGUUGCUAGGCCGGGAAGGCCGGAUCCACUUCGAUGAGCAGCCAGCAGAGCUUGAACCUGUAGCAGAGGUGGAGGGCGAAAGUGAAGGAAGAAAAGCGCUGGACGACAUCUUUGCGGAGACUGUUUGGACAAUCACCUUUUGCGACGAGGCUUACUCGGAGCUGAAGCGUCUGGUGCGAAUCCAGCAGAAGGCCAUUCUGGACAUCUUCCUGGUGCUGGCCUCAGGCAAAUGGCCCGAGGAUGUGUGUGAGAAGCUGGAUGGGCACGGACACCUUCGGCUGCGAAGAGCUGUAGGAAGGGACCAGCACGUCCUCUGGAGUGUGGAUAUGGAGUAUGACAGCAACCGGAAGCUGUUCGUUGAGGUAAUCAAGGUGUGGCACGUUCUUCGCCCCGAGCAGUCGGCGGAGGCGGCGGCUGCCUUGGUGGAUGAGUGGAAGAGGGCCACCCGGGACUUCAGAGGAGUGGAGCGUGCCCUGAAGAACCAGAAAGUGACUCUGAAGGACGGCGUCCGCUGUCCUCGAAACGUGCUGCCAUCGGAGCUGCAAGACAGCGACGUCCUGUCUUUGCGGAAGUUCUACUCCCUGGACUGGCGAACGGUGCGGUCCAUCCUCCUGGAUGAUGAGGAGGAAGGCCAGCUGGCUGCCGGUGAGCAGUUCAUGUUGCGAACCUCUAAGCAGGAGGAUGCAGUGAUCCAGAAGCCGGGGCCAAACAUUGUGAUAGGUCGCAGCGGCUCCGGCAAGACACUCUGCUGCUUGUACCGAAUGUUCCAUCGGUACCUUGACUACUGGAACAAGUCCACACAGGCUGGGGGCGCUCCUCUGCUGCCUUCAGGUUCAAGUGACGUCCACUGUCACUUGAACCAGGUCUUCGUGACCCACAGCGCUGGCCUGGCGAAUAAGGUGUUGGAGUACUUCACGAACAUGCAGCAGAAGAGCCAGGAGUCUCUACCCACGACAAGAGGCGCUCUCCAACGCUCUGGCUUGCUCGAGCAGUCCAGGCAUCCUGACAGCAUCUCGCGUGUGAAGACCUUCCCACUGUUUGUGACGUUCCGCAAGUUCCUCAUCAUGGUGGAUGGAAGCCUGCAGAAUCCCUUCUUCCCGCGCCGGAGUACUGGAAUCGUUCACCCCGACAAGGUGACCCAAGCUGAAGCUGCGGAUGGCCUGGACCCGAUCUCCGCGCUCCGCGAGCAGCGCCGCGCCGCACUCCGUGCCAAGGCGCUUUUCAAGAAUGCCACAGCUGCCGAGUCCGACAAAGUGCUGACAGAGGUGGACUAUGACCUCUUUGAAGCCAAAUUCUGGCCAAAGCUGCGCCAAAAGGUGCCAGCUGUCGAGGACGCCAUGCUUGUCUGGAGGGAGUUCAUGUCCUUCAUCAAGGGCAGCUAUCGCGUCCUGGAGACAGAACAGGGACAUUUGGACUUGGAGACCUAUCAGGAGGUGACCAGCAAGUGUUCGCCAGGCUUCAGGGAGUACCGCGAGCAGAUCUUCGCUGCCUUCAAGUCAUACGAGCAGCUGAAGAAGGAUUGGCACGGAUUCGACAGGAUGGACGUGGCAAGGCAUGUCAUUCAGCAGUUGCGAAAAACAGGCUACAAGGGCCCACCAAUCCAUGCGUCCGCUGUCGACGAAGUGCAAGAUUUGGCACAGUUGGAGCUCGCUCUCUUCUUCGUUGUCAUGAAGAAGCCGUACGAGGACUUGUUCCUGACGGGUGACACGUCCCAGACGGUCUCCCGUGCCGUCGAGUUCCGCUUCUGCGACCUCCGGUCGGUCUUCCAUGAUUUCAACCCUGGGGUCAAAGUGCCCGAACUCGAUCAGCUGCUCAUCAACUACCGCAGCCACCAGAAGAUCCUGGCCCUGUCACACCGGGGUGUGGUGCAGCCCCUGGAAAUGGCCUUCCCGUACGCCAUCGACAAGCUGGCAGCAGAUAGGGGCCAUCGGGAUGGUGUGCGCCCUAUCAUCGUUACGGAUGUGCCGCUGGAAGAUCUGGCCCAGCACAUGUUCAACCUCGCCGGCUGCAGCGCUGGUAUCGCCUUCGGAGCAAGCCAGUGCAUUCUGGUUCGCAACGAAGAAUCGCGAAAGAAGCUGCCAAAGUCGCUGUCGAACGCGCUCGUGCUGACCGUGGAGCAGUCAAAGGGUCUGGAGUUCGACGACUGCAUUCUGGUAAACUUCUUCACCGACUCUCUGUACAAAGAGUGGCGUACUAUGGAGGUGUUUCGCGCCGAGCUGCUGGAGGAGGAUUCUGGGCAACACAAGCGGCCUCAGUUCGAGCGUAUUCGGCAUGCGCUUCUGUGUUCGGAGCUCAAGCACCUCUACACAGCCAUCACGCGCACAAAGCACGUGCUGCUCUUCAUUGAGCAGGACUCGACACAGGCGGACCACGUCUUCAAUCUCUGGCGCGAUCUCGACCUUGUCAGCAAGAAGGGCCUGCUCGAUCCGGAGAAUGCGGAGGCUCGUGCCCAGAUCUACCAGCACGCUGGUGAGAAUCGUGGCAAGGAUUCCUGGGUCCAGAUGGGGCACAGCCUCCUGCGACGGAAGCUGUACGAGCAGGCCAGGAGUGCUUUCUUGCGUGGAGAAGACGAAGACAUGGCCAAGAGGUGUGAGGCAUUCCUGAAAGCCGUGGAAGCUGCAAGGACGAUGGAGGACUUCGAAGCGGACGGCAUGCGGCUUUUCCGUGAAGCUGCGCAGCUGUUCGAAGAGACGGGCGCCGGACAAGAGCAGGCCGAAUGCUUGCUUCAUGGCGGCCAUCCCGAAAAGGCGGCGCAGAUUUUGGAAGACUUAAGCCGAGAGCAACCUGAACUCAAGGUCGAAGCUGCCCGGGCCUGGACGGUGGCCCGAAAGCACGAGCUCGCCGCGCCAAUCUACGAGGAGGCCGAGCAGUUUCAUGACUGCAUCGAGGCUUACCUAAAGGCGGACCUCCGGGAGGAGGUCACCAGGGUCGUGCCACGCGCGCAUCAGGUGGGCGCACUGAAGGCUGAAGAGUGCUUCCGCUAUCUGCAAGAGACCGAUGAUCAGGAAACAGCUGGAUUGCUGUUCUUCCAUGAGCAGGAAUACGAGCAGGCUGCUUCCUGUUACCGGAGCGCAGGCAACCUGCACUCGGAGGCGCAGUGCUACCUGGAGCUUGGGGAGCCUCUGCGCGCGGCCGAGCGCCUCAUCGUCAGCGAACACGCGGAGCAUUUGCUUCAGGCCGCGGACCUUUACAAAGCCCACAAGGACGUCGUGCAAGAGGCAAAGUGCUACCGGGCUCUGUUGGAGAUUGAAGAUCUACCGGACCGAAGAUCAUUGCUGGAAAGCUGCAUUGAGCUGCACGAAAGGUUGCAGGAAUGGGGCAAGGUGGCGGAGUACCUUGAGAAGCUUCAUGACCACCUGGACAAGCUUCACAUCGAUCCACAAGGUAUCUUAGAAGAGGCCGCAGAAUGUUACGAGAAGGCGAGGCUUUACAACGAGGCUGCAUGUGCCUAUGAGAAGCUUUCUGGGCUAUCCUAUGCCUCUGCAAUUCGUCAUCGCCACCUCAGGAAGGCAGCAGCUCUGUACUCAGAGGCGCGAGCCUUGCGUGACAAGCUGCGCGUGCUGAAGCUGCUUGACGACUACGAGGCCUGCGGCCAGCUGGCCCAACGGCUCGGCAUGUUUCAGGAAGCUGCUGAGUUCUUCAAGCAAGUUGGGACGGAGGCCGCGUUGGAAGAGGCGGUGCAGUGCCUGAUCUCGGCCAAGGAUUUCACUCAGGCCUAUGACUUGUUCGGGCACCUUGCGGAGAAGACGCGGAACAAGCCAGAAGGCGUUGAGAUGGAAAUCAAGCUGCUGGAAGGACUUGGCAAGUUUGAUGCCGCUGCGCGUCGCAUCAUGGCCAACCUGCCGCAAGGACGCCAGCGUGCCGAGAUGGCAUUGCGGGGCUUUCGGCUGGCCCGGAAGGAUGCUCAGCAAACCAAAGCGUUCUUGGACGACUUCGGUCAGGAGAUGCCAGAUGACGAAACUGCACUGAUCUUUUGGGCCGAGCUGGGCGAUGACGCUGCCCAGAUCUGCGAUUUGCUGGUCAAGUGCGGGAAGCCUCUGGCCGCAGCGGCGGCAGCAUCGGAACUCGGGGAUCCGGCGAAGGCUCUGGAGUUGCUUCGGCAAUGCCCAAUUGCGCCGAAGGACUGGCACACGUUCACGCUGGACAUCCUCAUGACAGCUGUCCAACAGCAGCUGAGCAAGGAGACCUUGCCCAAGCUCAAGAAGGCUAGCGAUGAGCUCCGGUGUGCCCUGGAGAUGAUGGAAGAAGGCCUGGUUGCUGUCGAGAAGCUUCUCCGCCUCGACUUUGUGGAUGCUGCCCUACAGCGUCUGGAAGGGACUAAAGGUUCAUCAGAACCUGCGCUCCGUUCUUGGUGGGAUGACUUCAAACGAGUUCCACCCGGUCUGCAGCUUUGUUUCUUCGAGGAGCUAGCCCUGGCCCAGAGUGCCAAGGCUCAUGAUGCCGAAGAGGCUUUCGAGCAGCUCGCUUGGUACAUCCAAGAGGUCUCCAGUGGAAGGGAGAUCGAAGAGCUCCUGAAAGGUUGCUACCAGGCUGACAGCAAAUUGCAGAGAGUGCUGUACGACGUGCUCAACGGCAUGCGAGCCCAACGUGGGAUGCGGCCGGUCAAGGAAGGCCGCCUUUUCGGUGUCCUCGCAAAGGGCCACCGGCUUUCCCUACAUGCUGACUCCGUCGUUGAGGUCGUGCCCGGCUUCUCUGGGGCCGUGUGCCUCAAAGACAAGCGAAGCGCUCUUCUUCGUGACUUGGAGGAGCGCCAGGUGGCUGUGCUCAAGCGUUUCCAGCAGCUUUGCAAAGGUGACAAGAAGAAGGCCCGCGAGGCUCCAUCUCUAUGGCUGCGCGCCUGGAAACAACUGGAUUCGCAGAGUCCACAGGCAGAGACGUUCAAGGACGGCUUCAUAAGGAGCCUUCGCUCCGUUGCAGCGACAGAUGUGCAUCUGCAUAAGGAUGUGAUCAAUGAAAUUCCAGAUGCAGCAGCGGGCAUUUGGCUACAGACAUGGGCAGACGCGGAGAGUAAACUGAGGAGCAAGCUCAAGAAGUCCACUGACUUUGACAACUUGGUACGCCCUCUUCAGGAGACUGUGCGAGAUCUCGUGAACAUCUUUCGUCAUUAUGUUUGGGAGAACGAGAAGGACAAGUCUAAAGUUUACAAGAUCGCGGCCGACAGAGUUGCAACGUUGGUCUUCGGCGAGCUGGACUAUUUGAAGCCAAUCUGUCCACGCCACGUCUCCAUGGGAAGAUGUGAAGCGAAGCUCAAGAAAAAGUGUGACUUGGAGCAUCCCGAUGUCGAGAAGACGCAUCUUGCCGAUGAGCUGCUGGCCCGUUCAGCAGGGCGCAAGGCAACAAGCUUCGAUGGGAUUGGCCUUCCAUGCUGGCUUGAUGUUGUCAACAUCUGCCAUGACAGCGUCGAGAAAGCCAAGGGCUGCAACAGACGAUGGUGCAAAUGGGUCCAUCCGGACAAAGAACAGCUCGAAGCCAUCCGUAAGAAGCUCAGGACCGUGAAAGGCACUUACUACUACAACCAGAUCAAUUGGAAGUCCGAUGAAGAUCUGAAGCUGGUUCUGGACGCCCUUCUCACGAUGGUCGACGAGGAUGUCAAGCUUCCCAAAGGGUUCGGCUGCUGCUUCUUCCAGGAUGAGAAUGAUGCCAGCCGGAUGCUGAACGUUCGAUUGGUGACUAUCGUCGCCUGGACCUUCCUCAGCAAGAGAUCCGAGGCAGGCUGUGACCUUGGCCUUGAGGCUUCCGUGGACGUUCUGCAGCGCAUGUGCCGGGCUCUCUACCGCUAUCCGGAUGCACAGGCCUGCACGCUAGCCAAAAAGACUUUGGCUGAGAUCCGAGACGAUCGACAGAUCCGACGUAUUUCCAACGACAUCACCUGGGAAGUCGAAGGUUGCCAGGACAAAGAGAAUGUUCGCUGCCUGCUGUCCACAAUGCUUGGCCGUGAGAAGGCGGCACCACAACAGGCCCAGCAAAGGCAGCAUGCAGCUGGAAGCAAGUUCGCGUUCAACCCGAAAGCCCAGGAGUUCGUUCCAGGGAGACUGAAGAUUCUCCAGCGCGAUGCCCCCAACCAAUGGGCGGGUGGCAAUGCGGCGACAGCUCUUUUCGGCUCGCAGCCGAGUCCGGCUUCUGAAGCUUCUGGAGCUUCCGAGCAGCUGGCGACGGAAGCGACAAGCUUGUACCCACCGCGUCGCUCAGGACCGGCUGGAGCUGGAGCCCGCGUGUGGUGGCAGCCCAAGAUGGCGCUGCAUGGAGCUCCUGUCAAGAGCUAG